UUUAAAUAAAGAAAGCCGCGUAUUAGAAGGCGCUAGAAUUUCAGUAAUCAAAGAGAAAGAAACGAAAAAACACCAGUUUAAGCUGUUUAAAUUCAUUUUCGCGAAGCUUCUUUGAAGAAUAUUUCAGGCUCGGACAAUUUUCUUUACAGAGGUUUUCUGUUUUUCUGUAUUCGAAGCUCCUAAAGAGAUCUUUGAUUUGUUGUGAAAAUGGGGAAGAGAAAAUCGUCGAAGGCACCGCCAAAGAAAAAGCAGGAGAAGUUGAGUACAGUGUUCAGCUGUCCUUUCUGCAACCAUGACGGCAGCGUCGAGUGUAAAAUGGAUAAGAAAGAUUUUAUUGGGGAGGCUAAAUGCCGAAUAUGCCAAGAGAGUUUCAGUACCACUAUAAACGCAUUGAGCGAGCCUAUUGAUGUGUAUUGCGAGUGGAUUGAUGAAUGCGAGCGAGUUAAUAAUUCUGGAUAAGUGGGUUACAUCUGCAUGGUUUUCUAGAACACAGUAUGAUGGCUUAUAGAAAAUUUCUUUCCUGAGAUUCCUUGUAACACUGAGCUGGUCAUCAGAGAGGUUUUGACCAGGAUACUUGUCACUAUACUUAGCUGUCCUGUUUUGAACACUAAACGUAUGUGCAUAAUAUCUACUAUCUUGGUUACCAGUUUUGUAUGUAUUAUAUUGACGUGACCAUGUUACAGUUAAUGUUUUUCCAAUUCAAGGUUGAACUUAAAUUGCUUUAAAUUGGAUCUGCUGUAAUGUAUACAUGUUGGCUCAAUUUGCUGUC